AUGGCCUUUCCUCCCAGUUAUAGAGAGCCCGGUCCGGCUCUCCCGAGCAUCAUAGUCCCUGCCACAGGCGAUCGAUAUAGAACGCACGCGAGUCAUCACGAAUUGCCUUACGGUAGAAGUCCUGCCAUGUCAAUACCUGGCAUGCAAACAAGAGACGACGUUCCUCCUCCACUACCUCCUCCCAAAUAUCUUCACGACCAACCUAGCGCUUUGGCUGAGAACAUGAGAGAAAAGCGGGAAUACGCCCAAGGUUCUUUUGCAAGUGGUUACGGAAGCAUGAACUCAUCAUAUCACGAAGACCGCCCAAGUUAUCAACGAAGAAGCAAUACAAGCGAUAGAGAUGAGGGUUAUGCCAGUUACUCCUCAACUGAUAGGUCCCGCGAGUCCGUUCCCACAGGCUUUGGCCUCCACCAUAACCACUACCAAUUCCAAUCACCAGCCCAACAAGAUGUCGAUGUCCUCAAGAAGAAGCUUGAUUCAACUCGACCUUCAGAAAAGUCACCACCACGAUCCCUUCUCAGCUCUGGAGCCAACGAGCUCCUAUUCCGAAGAUCCUCUGGUGAAGGUCGAUUCCCUCCCGCGCUUAGUGUUCCCACGCAAUUGCCCAUUCACCCCCGUGGUGGUCUACUAGCCUCUCCCGCAAGGUUGACUGAUACGCCAAUCCACUCUGCCAUCUCACCCCGAAGCACACCUUUCUUCCAUGGAGACCGAUCACCAAAUGACAGCUCCGAUAUCGAUCGCUCACCACGAACACGAUCAAAGAGGAAUAACAGUGAUGAUGCCACCUCAACAAACAGCUAUGAGUUUACCGGCGCAGAAGAUAUGGAUAUGGAAGAUGGACAAUCGCUAAAGAGACUGCAUAUUGACGAUGCUUAUGUGCCUGGUGGACAAAAGAGAAGGGCUGCCAGUCCCAAUGACGAGCACCUUCUUGCUAUUAACCGACGUGGAUCUCCCCAAGGUCGCUUUACCAGUCUUCCUCGAGGUGCUACCAUGCCAUCAGUGCCUACCUCGCGAUCAAACUCAUACAUCUCGACCAUGUCCAUGUCAAUGCACCCUGCAAGCAUCACAACUGCCAACUCUUUCGGCCGACGUUCACCAGUGGGCCCCUCACCUGGCGGCAUCUCACCCACAUCUUGCAACUCGCCUUACACAGCUCCCGUCUCUCUCAACCCAAGCCCUCGAACCUCCAUUUCUGGCCGGGGUUCAAUCCACUCUAGGACUGUCUCGGGUGCCAGCACACGUAAGAUUACCGAAGUGCAAAAGCCAGGCGGAUCCAAGGUCCAAGGCUUUUUCAUGUGCGAGUGCUGCCCCAAGAAGCCCAAGAGGUUCGAGACGCUUGAGGAACUCAAUGCUCACGAGGCUGAAAAGCAAUACGAAUGUUCAUUCUGCGGCAACCGCUUCAAGAACAAGAACGAGGCUGAGCGCCACCAGAACUCUCUACACGUGCGCCGCCAUUCGUGGUCAUGCUCAGCUCUGUCUGGAUACGAUAGGGCUUUUCACGAUUCUACUAACCGACCUGGUGAAGCUGACACCUGCGGCUACUGCGGUGAUGAGUUUACACGAUCUGGACGUGGACCAGGUACUGGUGCCUUGAACGGUGGUAAUGCGCCUCGACACGCCACGGAACAGGACUGGGAUGAACGCAUUAGGCAUCUGCAAGAGGUGCACAAGUUCAGAGAGUGCAACUCGUCCAAAAAGUUCUUCAGAGCGGAUCACUUCAGACAGCAUCUCAAACACAGCCACGCGGGCACCAGUGGAAAGUGGACCAACAUGCUAGAGAAUGCUUGCAUGCUCGAAGAGGACCCAACACCUCGGUAA